AGCACAUCCCAAAUAAACUCGAUUCCCACUCCACGUCGACUACGCCUCCUGCGUCCACGGUUUUACCCACCUCCGAUGGCGCAGCAGAACAAAAAACCUCCUGGCCCAGACCAGACCCGCAACGAAUAUAUCCCCUCCUUCAUCUCAAAGCGUCCGUUCUGGGCCGAGACCACACAUUCCGACGCCGACUACCUCGAGCAUCAGCGGUUACAAUCUGCUCCGAAAGACACUCUCGACAAGGCAAAAUGGUAUGACCGGGGCAAGAAACAGGGCCCCGCGGCCACGAAAUUCCGCAAAGGCGCAUGCGAGAACUGCGGCGCCAUGACGCACAAGACAAAGGAAUGUCUCAGCCGGCCGAGGAAACAGGGGGCGAGAUGGACUGGCAAAGACAUUCAAGCAGACGAGCUUGUCGAGGACGUCCAACUAGGAUGGGACGCCAAAAGAGACCGCUGGAACGGGUACGAUAGUCGAGAGUACAGUGCCGUGGUCAAGGAAUACGAGGAGCUGGAAGCCAUCAAGCGCGCAGCUGCAGGACUGAAGGAAGACGCCAACGGCUCCGCUACCCCAGAUCUCUCUGACACCCAGUACGGCGAAGAGACAGACAUGGGCCGGUCUCAGCCGACCUCAACGCGCCAGCUCCGCCUGCGGGAGGACACAGCAAACUACCUGAAAAACCUCGAUCUCGAUUCCGCCCGCUACGAUCCGAAGACGCGCUCCAUGGACAAGUCCGCCGCCGAGGCGGCAGAUGGUGCCGACGCAGAAGAAGGUUUCAUCCGACCAGCGGCUUCGAACGACGACGCCUCGGAAUUCGAGCGGGCGCAACGCUACGCAUGGGAGACGCAGGAGAACAACGCGAACUCGGCCCAGACGAAGAAACUACAUUUACAAGCCAACCCGACCGAGGGCGAGAUCCUGCGCAAGAAACAAACCCAAGAGGCAGCAGAGAAGAAGGCGGCCGCUCGGAAAGCUCUGCUAGACAAAUAUGGCGGGGACGAAUACCUCUUGACAGAAAACGGCGACAACCAGCAGCAGCAACACCCAUCCAAAAGAGCCAAACAUCACAACAUCGUCGCCAACGAGCGGUACCUCGAGUACGACGAGUCGGGACACAUCAAGGGCGCCGAACGCACGGUCGCGCGCUCCAAGUACCCCGAAGACAUCUUCCAGAACAACCACACGUCCGUGUGGGGAUCAUGGUGGAAGGACUUCAAGUGGGGCUACGCGUGCUGCCACUCCACGGUGAAGAACAGCUACUGCACGGGCGAAGAGGGACGGCGGGCGUGGGAAGCGAGCGAAGGAAUGAGGACGGGCGAGUCGCUGUUACAGAUCGAGGCCGGCGGCGGCGAUACAACAAGUGUGCGCGAGGGAGGCAGAACAGAGGCCGCCGUCCAGGACGAAGAAAGCCAGAGACUCCGCCUCGAACAAGACGGGGACGACAUCCAGGAGCGCAAGAAGGAGCUCGACGAAGCCGACACGACCGCCACGGAGAGCACAAAGCGGACAGUGCCGCCGCCGCCACCGCAGCAGCAGCACGGCACCAAAAAGCGCACCCUGCAAGAACUGCAGUCCGGCAUCUCUGAGGAGGAGCUGGAGUCGUACAAGCGCAAUCGCAUGGCCGCCGACGACCCCAUGGCGAAACUGCUGGGGAGGGACGAGUUGAUGGAGAUGAAAUAAAUAUAAGACCCACGAGGGGAAGACGACGGGAAAGGUACAUGAGGGAGGGAUGUGGUCGACAUUCCCUACUUUACCACAAGGGGGAGAUCUCUGGUGUAUACACCCCCCUGUGCUUGCAAGUUGGCGGUCACAGUCAAUUACAGCCACAGCCACGGUAUCGAACCAAGGUCCCGAGUCGUCCCGUGUCCAUCUAUGUACCGAGUAUGUUUUCGUCGGAUCCUUUUUUUCUCUCUAGCAUUCAAGCGAUUUACACCAGACAAUGCGGAGGCACAUAGGAGGUGGGCUCCCAGAGAAAAAAAAAAUCGCAUCAAAGGCAUACAAGCCAGCAAACAACGGAGAAACUGUUCGGUAUACGAAUGCUCCUCCUAUUCGAUCCUAUGCACGUUGAUAGAUAUCCAUGCCGUCUCCGCCGCAGUGCCCUCACCGCCUGGCAGCCACCAAUACCUCCCAUCAGUCCAGACCAAGGGCGCGCCAAAAGCGAGUCCAGCAGUCUUUGACCACGUACCACAUACGCCUCCACGCGUUCCUGAACUUCCGCCUCUUGCCGCUCGUCCAGUCGGUCUCACGGACCGCGAUGACACUCGCACUUCGCGGGCCGCCCGUGGCACUGUCGAGGCUGAGCAGAGAAAACAUCGGAGGUUCGGUGCGCACGGGAUUAUGAGCGAUCCCAGGUUGAUACAGGGAGUUGCCUCUGAGAGUCGGAGAUGUGAAGGGGGGACAAAAUUCCGUUUCGCUCCUAGGAUGUAAUUGCGUGGGCGAAGUGGGCGCUUCAUCGCUGGCCCAACCAUCCCUUUGUACCGUGUGCGAUACUCCAGAACCACUCUGAAGCAGGGCGUUUUCAACAUUGGUCCUCUCGCAUGCCUUGUCGAUCUCUCUCAUCGCCUGCUGAAUUGCGCUCGACUCCCUCAAACGACCCAGAGGAUGUGACUCGAGAUUACGGGAACCGAUACCGUGACCACUCGCGCGUGGUCCAAACCUCCCUCUCACCAGUGUACCAUCAUCAGCCCGAGCGAGCGGUCCAGGGAUAUUGGUCUUGUAGACUCCACGGGGCAGAGAUGCUCGAGAACCUGAGGAGGUCGCGCGGGGAGGCUCGACGAUAGUCGCCAUGCCGAUUGCAGCCAAAGUUCGUUCGAAGAGCUCGACUGAAUUUGAAGGACCACUAGAUGGGUUCUGUGCUGACAUCCGUGGAGAACCUUCAGAGUUGAGGCUCGUCGGAGCUUGCUCAUCGCUACCAUCCGAGGUACGCCUCCAAAUGCGAUUCCAGAAUGAGGGUCUGCCUGUCGGCCGCUGCUGUACCAGCCGCAGGAAUGUUGCCUGCUCCGUGCCGAAUGGUGGCAACCCAGGCGGUGUCGAAACCCUGGCUGGUGGUGACACAGGAGGUUUGAUGGGAAACGAAGGACACCAACCAGCUCUAUGUAUGCUUUCUUCUGAGGAAGUGGAAUUUGUAGAAUUGCAUAGUAUGGUGUCCUGCCUCAAGACGCAGUCGAGAUCGUUAACUGAAAAAGAGCGACGACGGUAUAACUCGACAGAAGCCUGCUUGCUCUUGCGAGCCGAAGUGGACCGGUCAGGAAGAACCGAGUUGAGUGACGUUCUGUGCUCAACGAUCGGGUUCAGCUGCGGCGUCGGCCAAUUGCUGUGCGAUGUGGAAUGCCUGCUGAGAGGGAUACGCGCAGGGGAAGGUAAAUCCAAGGGUGUAGGAAGAUCCUGCGCAUCAACCGAGUCGACCGCUGCUGUCCAGGGUAGAUUUUCACGCGAACGGACAGGUUCAGCAUUAUAUAUCGAAUCCUCUGGGACAGACUCCUCGGACGAGGGCAGCUCAUGUCGCAAUGACGGCACUGAUUGUAUCCUGCGGACAGCCUUUGCAGCCUUUGGUGGAAAGAUGCCUCGAGGGCGACUCAGGGAAGAUACCCCAACCAUGACUUCGUUUCGAAAGCUGGUUCAAUACCGCAGCAGGCCUCGUAGACCGUCCAUCUGAGAAGGUUACCGUGACCCUAGGGCGGUGUAUGUCAAUGAAUCUGUUGUGGCAGGGUGUGCAAAAAGAAUGUAUACCAUAAGCGACUGAUGACCUUGGCAGUCUGGAAAGGUAGAGAUAUAACACAGAUGAUGAUUUCCGAGUUGUGUCAGUUCUCAAGGAGAAUGUUGGAAGGAGAGGUGCUGAAGCAGGCAG